UGUCCUUGAGAAAGAAGCCACUCGUACGUUUCGUUGGUCUAAAUACGACCGCCGUUCGACAAAUAAAAGCUGAGAGAAACCGAAGAGACGGUCCGAGCGAAACGAUUCAAAUCUGUAAAUAUUAGGUUUCAGGACUUUCCAUUAACAAUCAGGUGUUCGUAGUUGGCUAUGAAAUGGCGGAGUGAGUGAGUGAUUGUUUGAUUGGUUCAAUUUGAUGGAGGAAGAAGAGGACAGGAUUUUGCUGAGUAGUUUGGGUGUUACAUCGGCAAAUCCUGAAGAUAUCGAACGUGACGUAAUAGCUGCUGCGGUGGAAAAUGAUGCUGGCAACAGUAACGAAGCCGAAGGGAGCAAGGAGGAGGAGCCUCGUGUUAAAUUGGAAAGGAUUGAUCCGUCCUCCACCAGUCAAGAGAAACUUUACAAUAAGUUAAGGGCUGUAGAAUUUGAAAUAAAUGCUGUUGCUUUGACUGUUGAUCAUGUGAGAAGGGUUGCAGAUGAAGACCAAGCUACUGAUGUUGAUGAUGGCACGGAAAAAGUGGAUAAAGAGGAUGAUAAGUGUGUUGUUCAGGCAUCUGCCAAUGGUUUGACUCUUCAGCAUGCCCUAGCUACUGAUCGACUUGAAAGCCUCAAGGAAACUAAGGCUCAACUUGAGCAGGAACUUUCAAUUUUUCAAAACGAAAAGACUUCCAAGGGUAUUAAGCAUGAUAGACUUAUUCAAGACUUGGUAAAGGAAGAAUUCAGACCCAAGAAGAAGGCAAAAGAAGUUCUGAAACCAGGCAGAAAACAGUCAAAACGUCAGAAAACAGUUUCAUUUGAUGAUGAUGCUGAUUUUGAUUCGGUAUUGGAUGCAGCAUCUGCAGGAUUUGUUGAAACAAAAAGGGAUGAAUUGGUUCGCAAAGGAAUUUUAACUCCCUUUCACAAGCUUAAGGGCUUUGAACGUUGUCUUCAACAACCAGGACCAUCUAAUAGGCACAAUGUAACCAUGGAAGAAGAAGACAAAAGUAGUGAUCUUUUCUCAGCCAGUGUUGACAGGGCUGUUCGGUCAAUGUCAGAAGCUGCACAAACUCGUCCAACAACCAAGCUACUUGAUCCAGAAGAAAUUCCCAAGCUUGAUGGACCGACCCAUCCUUUCCAGAGGCUAAAAACACCUUUUAGAAUUCCCCCUUCUCAGGAAAGUGAGGCUGAAAAGAAAAAAAGUACAAAAAGGAAAAAGAAACGACCUUUGCCUAACAAGAAGUGGAGGAAUCACAUUUCUCGUGAAGAAACUGGUGUUGAAGUGAAUGAUGGAAGGGAUAACUUUGUCACUUCCAGUUAUGAGGGAGAAAAGCAAGAGGAUGUGGAGGAUACAGAUGAUAGUGAACCUCCUUUUGUGACACUUGAAGGUGGGCUCAAAAUUCCAGAAUCCAUUUUUAGUGAUCUUUUUGAUUAUCAAAAGGUGGGAGUGCAGUGGCUAUGGGAAUUGCAUUGCCAAAGAGCAGGUGGAAUUAUUGGAGAUGAAAUGGGUCUUGGCAAGACUAUCCAAGUGUUAUCCUUUCUUGGGGCAUUGCAUUUCAGUAGUAUGUAUAAACCAAGCAUUGUUGUCUGCCCAGUUACACUAUUGCGACAGUGGAAAAGGGAAGCACAAAAAUGGUAUCCAAGCUUCCGUGUGGAGAUAUUGCAUGAUUCUGCUCAGGAUCCUGGUAACAGAGCCAAAUCUUCCCAUAGUGAUUGCGAUAGUGAAGGUUCAUUGGACAGUGAUUAUGAGGAAAAAUUGUCUUCUAAAAACACCAAAAAAUGGGAUUUCUUGAUAAAUCGAGUUUUAAGAUCAGAGUCUGGGUUGCUUAUUACUACGUACGAGCAACUACGCUUGUUAGGGGAAAAGUUGCUUGAUAUUGAAUGGGGUUAUGCCAUUCUGGAUGAAGGACACAGAAUUCGAAAUCCUAAUGCUGAAAUCACUCUGGUUUGCAAACAACUACAGACAGUUCACCGGAUAAUAAUGACCGGUGCACCAAUUCAAAAUAAGCUUUCAGAAUUGUGGUCCUUGUUUGAUUUUGUUUUCCCUGGAAAGUUGGGGGUUUUGCCUGUUUUUGAAGCAGAAUUUGCAGUUCCAAUAGCUGUGGGUGGUUAUGCCAAUGCUUCACCUUUACAAGUAUCGACAGCCUACAGAUGUGCUGUGAUCCUACGAGACUUGAUCAUGCCUUAUCUUCUCCGGCGUAUGAAAGCUGAUGUGAAUGCCCACCUUCCCAAAAAAACUGAGCAUGUUCUCUUCUGCAGUCUCACUGCAGAGCAACGGUCGGUAUAUCGAGCAUUUCUUGCUAGCUCUGAGGUGGAACAGAUAUUGGAUGGGAGAAAAAAUUCUUUAUAUGGAAUUGAUGUGAUGCGCAAGAUAUGCAACCACCCUGAUCUGCUUGAGAGAGAGCAUUCCUGCCAGAACCCAGAUUACGGGAAUCCUGAACGUAGUGGGAAAAUGAAAGUUGUUGCUGAAGUGCUGAAGGUUUGGAAGGAGCAGGGUCAUCGUGUUCUUCUUUUUUCUCAAACUCAACAGAUGCUUGAUAUUCUUGAGAGUUUCUUGGUUUCUAAUGGUUAUGACUACAGGAGAAUGGAUGGUGUUACUCCUGUCAAGCAGAGAAUGGCUUUAAUAGAUGAGUUCAAUAACUCUAGUGAUGUGUUUGUAUUCAUUCUAACUACAAAAGUUGGUGGUUUGGGAACAAAUUUGACUGGUGCAAACAGGGUGAUCAUCUUUGACCCUGAUUGGAACCCUUCAACUGAUAUGCAGGCAAGGGAGCGUGCUUGGCGAAUUGGUCAGAAACGGGAUGUAACUGUUUAUAGAUUGAUUACACGUGGAACUAUUGAGGAGAAGGUGUAUCACCGUCAGAUAUACAAGCAUUUUCUUACUAAUAAGAUAUUGAAGAACCCACAGCAGAAAAGGUUUUUCAAGGCUCGAGAUAUGAAGGAUCUUUUCACUUUUAAUGAUGAUGGGGAUGGUGGGUCAACUGAAACUUCUAAUAUUUUCAGUCAGUUGUCUGAAGAUGUGAAUCUUGUUGGGGUUCAGAAGGAAAAGAAGCUGGAUAAGCAGAAACGUAAAAAAGAUGCAACAAAUGCUGAUGAUGGUGCAAGUUAUAAAGGAAACAACUUAGAGAUUGGAUCUUCCAGAAGAAAAGGGAAAGAAAAAGCUGAUAAUAAUGAUGGUGAAGUGGAUGAAGAAACAAAUAUCUUAAGGAGUCUUUUUGAUGCACAAGGCAUACAUAGUGCUGUGAACCAUGACAUAAUCAUGAAUGCCCAUGAUGAAGAGAAGCUGAGGCUGCAGGAGCAAGCUUCGCAAGUUGCACAAAGAGCAGUAGAAGCGUUGCGCCUGUCCAGAAUGCUUCGAAGUCGUGACGACAUAUCUGUCCCGACGUGGACGGGGAAAUCUGGAACUGCUGGUGCACCAUCAUCUGUUCGCCAGAAAUUUGGUUCAACUGUGAAUUCUCAGUUGAUUAAGCCCUCAGAUGACUCAUCCAGCAGCAAAACAAGCAAGUUUAGUGGCUUUGCAGCUGGGGCAUCUGCGGGAAAGGCAUUAUCUUCAUCUGAGUUACUGGCUAAAAUUCGAGGAAACCAAGAAAAGGCAGCUGCCGCUGGACUUGGGCAUAAGGUGGCCUCAAGUUCUGCUAAUGGAGCAAGAUCUACAGAUGUUGGGACCACAUGUUCAUCUCACAAUAUAUCUGGUGUGCAGCCUGAGGUAUUGAUUCGUCAAAUAUGUACUUUUAUACAAGAAGAAGGUGGAAGCACGGAUUCAGCCAGCAUAGUCCAGCAUUUUAGGAAUAGGAUACCUCCAAAGGAUCUUCCUUUAUUUAAAAAUCUUUUGAAGGAAAUAGCUAUCCUUAAGAAGGACCGAAAUGGAUCAUGUUGGCUACUGAAGCCUGAGUUUCAACAAUAGGAAUGAUUGCUUCAACACUGCCAUAGUCAUUACUACGAGGUUUCUUUUCCAACUCAAAAAGAUCAUUGGAGAUACAGACACUGAUGUACAUAACCAUCUUUCCCGUAGCCACAAUUGGAUUGAUUUUUGCAAUUUAUAUGUUUCUUCACAAUGAUGGAACAUUUUGUCGACAAAAAAGGAGUUAGAGAACUUCCAUGGUAGUUUUUGUAGAGUUUUUUUUUUUUUUUUUUUUUUCUUUUUUAUGCAAUUUUAUUUUUGUAGAUAAUGAUACACUGAUUAGAUGGUCAAUACAGGAAGAAGGUUCCGGAUUUGAGUACAAGUUUUUUUCUGUAUUUGUAGUGUAUGCUGUCCCUUGAUUAACUAAAG